CACGCCCCUGCUUGCUUUGACACGAUCACGGAAGACGCGGAAGACGCACGGAUAUUUAAACAACAUUAAAUGUUAAUGUUUUUAAUAAAGUACAACUCAGAUAAUCUCACGCCCAGGAUCUAUCGAUAAGGAAGUUUAAAGUUAUUUUAAAGCUGAAGAAGGAAAAGUCCGAACACGGAAAUGAGAGCUGGCAGGUCUGCGUGUCUCUGCUGGAGUUUACUGUCUGUCUGCGUCCUGCUGGUCUCUGCAGACCGGAAAAUCAUCACAGCGGAUAGUGGACAGACUGCCACUCUGCCGUGUCGAGGUCCAAACAGCGACAUCAUAGGUGUGGAGUGGAGCAGAGCUGACCUGAAGACACAAUAUGUCCUUUUGUACCGAGACGAGCAGCUCGAUCCAGCAAACCAGCAUCCGAAUUUUAAGGACCGGGUGGAUCUGCAGGACAGACAGAUGACGGAUGGAGACGUGUCUCUGAUUCUGAAGGAUGUGAAGACUGAGGACACAGGAACAUAUGAGUGUCGUUUGUUAGAUGGGAAGUCCAUCAGCAGCAUCUACCUGAGAGUUGUUGAUCCUCCAGGUCAGACAGGAGGACAGAGUGGAGACGGAGUGAACGAGGAUGGAUUUGUUGGACUGAGAGCUGGUCUGCCUCUUCCUGUGAUGUUCAUCAUUGCUGGUGUAUUUUUAAUUUACCGAAAACAUAAAAAACGCAGGCGUCACGGUUUGUACUAUCAUGUGUGAACUGAAACUCUUUGUUGCACUACAUGAAGCAGGAAAAUGGGAGCGGUUUACAGUGGAGAUGUGGCCAUUACUUUUAUUUAUUUUUUGCACAGAAGGACAACAGAGCAAUGCUAAACUGCAGUAUACUGCUAACAGAACUUUGGCUCUUUGCAGCCAUUUGCACAGACAGCAUGCUAACACUAAGUUAGCCAAUAACACAGAGUGUUGCUGAAACUGGGUGUAUGCUGACCCCAGCCCAGCAGCCAGAGUCUGAACUUGAACAGGUAACAAAGGCAGAGAUGAUGAGAUUGGUGUUUCUACCUGUCCGUGUUUCUAUAGUAGAGCAGCUGUGGUGAUCACUUUCAAGUCAUCUUUGCUUUGUGUUGAAACCUGAAUAAUAAAAGAAAGAUCACAUGUGUGUCCUCAUUAGGACAGGGAGUUUUGUUGAUGUGUGGGACUGGGUGUAAUGACACCAAAGCUGGUUAUAAGACACAAACACAAGAAUCAAACUGAGCUGUUAGAGUUCAUGACAGAAACUGAGUAAUUUGUGAUCACAUGAAGUCAGAUUAUAUCAAGUAAUUAAUAGACAUGGAACUAUUUUUUUCUUCUCUCCAUUAAGUGUUUUCUCUUAAAGGUGAAGCUAGUUUUCCUCUCUAUGAAUUAUAAUGUAAAAGGUCCUGUUUUUACAGUUUUGUAAACAAAUCUUUAUAUUUUAUAAGCUAAUGCUAACAAAAACUGUUUCAUUUGUGAAUGUGAAGAUAUCCUGUAAAUUGUCAGAUUAAUGUAGCUAUUACAGUAAAAUGACUCUUUGCACAGAUAAAGCUUUACCUCCAUGUGUGAGUGAUCGAAGCAGAUGCUGUAUAGACAUGUUUGGAUUCACUGAAAGUCACAAGAACGUCUCGUGUGAUGUGCACAUUUAAAAACAGGGUCUAAACGGUAACGAUGAUUUGGUAGACAGAGGUGGAGGGUGGGUGGAUGGAUUGAUGGAUAUUUUUUUUAUACAUCCAAAUAAGAAAAAAUGAUUAUAAUUAAGGAUUAAACUAUAUCACUGUACAUUCAUGCUACUGGAAGGAUUCAUUAAAUAGGAUAACAUCAAGUGAAACGCUACAUGUAUAAAGGCUACCUUACACCACAAAGCCACGCUCUAAAAAGCUUUCACAGAUUUAACACUGUCUGUGAAGCUGGAAAUAAAGUUUCUAUUUUUAGAGUAUGUUUGGCACCAUGUUGUGCAAGUACAGCAGGUGAUGUUACUGGGUUGGUUGGCUAAUAGACUUCUAUUCAUUUAUGUUAGCUAACUAGUGACAGAUCAGAUUACUUAGUGUAAAGCGAGAAGCAGUAAAAGGGUGUCACUUUUGUGAACCACCAGUGUACCUGACUCAACCUGGCUCUCCUCCUCACUCUUAAAACAGGUGGAUUUUCAUGUUUCAGUUCAGCUAGCCGAUGUUGAAGAAUCACUUGCUGCUAAAGAGACAGAGUGAAAGUGGGCAGUAUAUCCUUGGUUUCUUAGUAUUAAAUAACUCACUGUUGCAGACAGGGAAGGAACAAAAUCGUCCCCUUAGACUGAUUUUUAGUUUUAGUUUCCAUGUUUUCUGCUGAGUUAUUGGUUCUGUCAUUAUUUAGCUAACAUAAACUCAGGUAUGUCUUAUUAGUUGCAAGCAAUCAGCCAACCCAGUGAUGUCACGCUACUGACACAAGAUGUUUUAAAUCCAGCUCCACAGACAGUGUUACAUCGCUGACAGUCCUUGGUGUAAAUUAACCUUUACACGUGUAAUGUUUCAUGUCCACUUUAAAUACAAUGCAGGGAUUUAGUGUAACACAUGGCAUACGUCCAAGUGAACACAUUUACGUUAAUUACUUACAUAAAAGUCUUCUUAACUUACAAAGUUUUUCUAUCAGGCUCUAAAGAUGUCGUUAUGUAAACUUUAACAGAUUGACAGGUGACAGGAUAUGAUGUAUGCUGCUGUAGUGAAACUGGAAUGGGGUUUAAAACUUGUGAUUUUAACACAGAUAAUUUAUGCACUUUUUAAUUUUAUGAUGUUUAAGACUUUGAAAAAGUAUUUUCAUGAAGUCAGAGCUCCUAUCUUGAGAGCACAGGGUUAGCUUAAUGUGAUCAGAGGCUGAGGAGGGGGAGAAG